AUGUUCCUAGUGGGACACUUUAUUACAGUAACAUACAACACAAAGGACUUUAGGUUUCAUCGACACAUCGAAUUGAAGAGAGUUGGUUCUGAGAAUUUUCCAUUCAGCACACGUAAAAUCUAUCUCUCUCUCUAGCUCUGUCUUUUGUAAUUGUUUUUUUAUUUGUUGAUAGGGAAGACAGUUACAUAGUAGAUAUGUUCGAAUCUUGAGGGUAAAAUGGUCUGUUCUUGCAUGAUCUCGUCCUUACUUCUUCUCCUGGUCGCGUCAAGCAUAUCGCCUAGCUACAGCUACAAGAUCAAGUCCGCAAGUUUCUUGUCACCAAAACAAGUUAUGACUCCAGGAUCAGUCACAGACCCUCACCUAUUCGACAUCGAUUUCCCCAGAGGCCACAUCGGCAUCAAAGGUUUCGACGCCGAAGUAGUCGACGAAGACGGCAACCCCGUCCCGUUACACGAGACAUAUCUCCACCACUGGGUCGUCCAGCCUUACUACGUGCGUAAAGGUUUCAACCUUUCGCAGCUCCUAAACAUGCCUAGGGUUGAUGAUCUUCUUGGUUCGAGUCCUGACUAUAUUCCCAUUAGAAACGGAGGCUUGUGUGGGAACAGAGUCAGACAUUACUUCGGGUUAGGAUCAGAGACACGCAAGACUUCGACGUAUGUUCCUGAUCCUUACGCGAUCGAGAUCGGUAACCCGGAAGAGACGCCUGAUGGGUACGAGUUCAAAUGGCUUCUGAACAUUCACGCUAUCGACACUAGAGGGGUUGUGGAAAAACAAGGAUGCACCGAGUGUCGGUGUGAUCUUUAUAAUGUGACCGUUGAUGAGUACGGUCGAGCUUUGGAACCUGGAUACAAAGGAGGUUUAUACUGCUGCUACGAUAAGACUCAGUGUCUGGUAAGAAAGGGAUUCGACGAUGGUAAAAAAACAAGAACUCUGUAUCUUAAGUAUACUGUGAGAUGGGUUGAUUGGGACGACAGCUCGGUUUUGUUACCGGCUAAGGUUUAUAUUCUCGAUGUUACGGACUCUUGGGAACCGUCAGAAGGAUCAACAGGAGAUGUCCAAGAACAUUUUUGUCAUGUGGAAUAUGAUGUGAAACCGUGCACAACCAGUGGAGAUGGAUGUGUUGACGUUAAGAAAAAGAGCUUAAUGAUGCCGUUUAGUGGGUAUAUUGUCUAUGGAGUAGCUCACCAGCACGCGGGUGGUGUUGGUGCUGCUCUGUAUCGAGCGGACGGUGAGGGAAUAUGCUCUUCGAUGCCGAAGUAUGGCAAUGGACACGAACCUGGAAACGAAGCUGGUUACAUUGUUGGAAUGUCAUCUUGUUAUCCUAAACCGGUGAAAGUGACUUAUGGAGAGACACUGACUCUGGAGUUCAAUUACAGUAAUGUCGUUGGUCAUACAGGAGUCAUGGGACUCUUUUACAUCCUGGUUGCUCAGCAGCUGCCUGAACCGGAGAGCUCCUUGCAGGCACAUGCGAAAAGUGUGAGCUUUUUAGCCUUACUUGCAGUGACGGUGGUGGUGGUGGUGGCGGUUGUGGUUCUAAUAGCCGCCGUGGUAUACCGGAGACAGAACCGGGAAGAUGGUUACCAGUCACUUAGUACCUAAACACUAAAACUAUAGAUAUCCUUCUUCAACAUUCUAAAUACCAAGUCUUAAAAUAAAAAAAAGUAUCUUGUAAUCUUCCACUAGUGUGAUAUUUGGCAAUGGUUAUUACGUGUGUAAAAAGUUUGCUUUUGUCAAUUUUAUGUGAAAGACUCUUGCUCCUCUA